GAACUCUUUUAGCUCUGGUUAACUCUAAAGUGAACUAUCAAAACAGUCUCACAAGAAAAUAAAGAAUUAGCAGCCAGUAGUAUGUCUUGACCUUCAUUAUUACAGGGAUUAUACUGUAUUGUGAAUCCGGACAUGUUAUCACACUUGACUAUACUGUAAGUAAGGUAAUAUUUAAACUAAUCAUUACAGUAUAUAGGGGGCAUAUAAACAUUUGAACUUGAAUGUUUUUCAGUGGAGCCUGUGCUCUUUGCAGUCUAUUUCUGCAAAGUUUUCCUGAAAGCAGCUGACACACUCUUUACUUGAAGUAGUGGUUUAAACUGGCAUAAUAGGAUUAGCUGGGAAGAUGAAGAUCCUACUCCAGUUUACAGGCAGGGAUAAUAAUGAAAGCCUUGGGAUAUUUAAUACCCUACAUUCUAUUUGCUGAGCACAGACUUCACAGACUUCACAGCACAGUCAUUUACAGCAGCUUUAUAAAAGCAAUGGAUAAAGACAUUCCUUCUAAAAAUGAGAUAGCUGAAAAUGAGAGUUGUCUCGAUAAUUUCAUCCAGGCCGUCAUUUCCAACCCAGUCCUCUCUAGCAUCUUGGUUUCCUCUCUCAUCCUGUUCGCUGUCUGGUACAUAAGGGAUUCCCUGAAGAUCGAUCACGUAGACCAGAAAAGCGUCUUGGUGACGGGCUGUGAUUCUGGCUUUGGGAAUCUGCUGGCCAGACAGCUCGACCACCGAGGCUUCGGUGUCAUAGCCACAUGCCUGACAGAGAAGGGGGCUGAAGACCUCCGAGCCGCAGCCUCCCCCAGACUGAAGACGCUCCUGCUCAAUGUUACUGACAGCGCGAGCAUUGAGAGAGCUCUGGAGUAUGUGCGGGCUGAGGUUGUAGAGCGAGGCCUCUGGGGGUUGGUAAACAAUGCAGGCGUAGCCUCACCGAUUGGUCCGACCGACUGGAUGCAGGUGGAAGAUUUUAAAAAUGUCCUUGACAUCAAUCUGAUGGGUCUGAUCGAAGUGACGCUGAAGUUCCUGCCGCUUGUGAAGAAAGCCCGAGGCAGGGUGGUGAAUGUUGGCAGCGUCAUGGGCAGACUGGCUAUGACUGGCGGCGGGUACUGUUUGUCGAAGUGGGGUGUGGAGUCCUUUUCAGACAGCCUGAGGAGAGACAUGUAUCAUUUUGAUAUCAACGUCAGUAUCAUAGAGCCUGGUUUUUUCAAGACGGGUGUGACAAGUCUAGAAGUGAUUGAGAGAGAUCUUCUGCGGCUCUGGAAUUGUCUCCCCUCUGAGGUCAAGGACUCUUACGGGGACAAAUAUUAUGAAGAGUAUGUGAAAGCCCAAAGUAUUUCAAUGAAAUUGCUUCGCAGUUCUGACAUCUCCAAAGUCACUAAUUGCAUGGAGCAUGCCCUGACAGCUCGAUACCCCAGAACACGAUACGGAGUAGGCUGGGACGCCAAACUUCUCUGGCUUCCUCUUUCUUACGGGCCAUCCUUUGUUUCAGAUUCCCUAAUAAGUGCCCUUCUGCCGAGUCCAAAAGGCAAAAUUGUGCAGACAAAUCAGGUGGAUGUUUCCAAAACCUGACCAAAACAGAGAUCUAGGUUUCAAAUCCACAUAUCUUUAUCUUUAUACUGGGUGAAAAAUAUGUGUGUUUACUUUGUUGGGUUAAAUAUACAACCUUCUUGAUCUCAUUGGAACGUUCUAGUAAAUAAACCAAAAGCUCAGUAUACCAAAUUCACAAAGUGCCAUAUUUUACCAAGGUGUCACCCAGGCAUUUUCCCAAGCCAGUGCAGAACAAAAACACAAGUGCAAGCUGUGACUUCACACAAUCCAUGCCAAAGGGUUUUUGAAAAGAGCACAACACAGGAAAGACACUGUGUUUGGACUGUGGGAGGAAACCAACACAAACACAGGGAGAACAUACAAACUCCACACAGACAGCACCCUAGAACCGGAAUUGAACCCAGGGCCCCAGCACAACAAGGCAGUAAUGCUAACCACUGUGCCACUCUUUAAAAGAAUUGUCAAAAUGAAGAACUUCAGAGUGAAUUAAAAUGAUAAGAGUGUAGGAUUCAGUGUAAGAAUACAAUAACUUCUGAACAUAUAAUUGUUUGCAACAUUUGACACAUUUGGUUAAAAAAUGUGGAUUAAAGAACAGAUGUAAGAACCGGUAAUACACAUGAUUAUAUACAAAAGACAGAGAAGCUUGUAUUUUGCUAUGUUCUUUUUGUGUCUCCUGUUUUUCCUUUUGUUUCACUUCUUUUUGUGAGUGAUGAUUUAGGAGGAAAGGAGAUUAUAUUUUUCCUUUUAAUAAAUUAUGCUCAGAUGAAACACUGUACACACAAUUUAUAUGUCCUGUAAUAUACACAGUUUUUUCUUGGUUUAAAAAAUCAAUAAAAAUAUUUGAUAAAAAUUUGGAUUACUUUCUGUAAUGUGGAUUUACGUUUAUGUAAAAUGUGGAUUAUUUUCAUCAGGAAUAUUAAUAUUGUUUGUCUAACCUUCAAAUCUCAUUACAAUACUAUAAAUGCCUUCAGCUGUAUGAAGCUGCUCAUCGGGUUAAAAUCAUACUAAUUGUUCCCCAAAAUGAUUUGCCUCAUGAAUAUUUAUCCAUUGUUACUUUUUACAACCCUAUGAAAAUGCAUGCAACUUUACAAAAAUAUAUUUGUUCAUUUUAAUGUUGUUUAGCAUGAAGUUUGUUUACAUACUGCUAAAUCAUUUAAAUGUAUUCAGUAUGGUCCAUUGUAUCCAUUGCACAAGUAUGAAGAAAAUACUAGGUAAUUUAAUAUGUCGUACUUUUAAUCAUACUCAUUAAAAAUAAUUUAGACAAUUUGCAUAAUGAUUAUUCAA